AAAAUAAGGUGCCGAGCGCCGACGAGCUGGAGUUGAUUUGCACUGCCUCCUCGUGUUCCCCGAGCCUGGAGGCCCUGCGAGAGCUUCAGGUCGCCCAUUGCGCCGGCACAGACACCGUCACGGUUGGGUACAAUGUCUACCCGGCCACGUACGCGGUCGACCUGAUGCUGCACACGUACAAGUGGGCGUGCCUGACGGACACUACGACCGGAGCUCGCUGCCUCUCUCUCCUUGUCCAGCAAGCAAGCGCCGAAAACGGCAUGUCACCGUCCGACCUCUGCUCGGCCUGCAGCCUUCGACUGAGUCAGGCCGUUCUGGACUCGCCGCUGGGCUACACGGAUGCUCUGGCGGCCGACUACUCUUCCCUGACCUCUUCUUGCCAAGUGACAUCCUACCCAGUGACUUCGCCGACCCGCUACGCACUGGGUACCACUACAGCUCCGAUCCCGACACCGGCAGAUGGGGUCCCUGUCCCUUCCUACACCUGUGAAAGCCGAUAUACCAUCCAGGAGUCGGACACGUGCGAGUCCAUCAGCCGGGCCAAGCAGGUGUCCACAUUCUCCCUGCUCUACUCCAACAAGCUCCCCAUGUUCUGUUUGGACUUCCCCGCGGUGGGAACGGAGAUUUGCAUCCCGCAGCGGUGCAACACGUACAUGGUCUUGCCGAUCGACACGUGCCAAAGCGUGGCCGAAAAACACGGCUUGACGGCCGCCAAGCUCAUUGAGCUCAACCCGAAUCUAAAGUCUCAGUGCGACAAUCUGCGUGCCCUGACUGGCCACGCGAUCUGCCUGAGCCCGCCCGGGGUUGUGUCGACGACGGCGACGCCACAGCCAACGACGGCAUCAUAACACAGCUUCAGCUUCGACAACCUGUGCCUCAACCUGGGCGCCCCUAGCAGCUGCUUCACGACGGCGUGGGAGACGCCCGAGAGCGAUAUACCGUGGCCGACGGCCACCAGCAGCAGCACGGGCAGCAGUAGUACCUCCUCGGCAACGGCGCCGGUGUGGACGGACCCUGCCUCGCUGCCCUUGGCGUUGGGGACGAGGGA